AUCCACCCAAAUCAACUACUCCCCUCUCUGUGUUUUGCUGCAUAUAUAAAAUCCAUUCAACUUUCCUGCCUGAUCAGUGAUCAGCUCAACUUUCCUUUCUAUCGGCGCUUCAUUCGUUAAGCGGCCGCGCGACAGUUUGAUAACGAAAUGGUGCAGGGGCAGAGCCCGGUGGUGAAGCUGGGGGCGUGGGGCAGCGACGGCGGCGCCGCCCACGACAUCGACGUCGUGGUGGCGCCGCCGCACCGGCUGCAGAGCAUCGCCCUCCGCUGGGGCAAGGUCAUCGACUCCCUCGCCUUCACCUACACCGACAAGGACGGGCAGCCGCACGCCGCCGGGCCCUGGGGCGGUGCCGGAGGCGUGUCGGAAGACCUGAUCACCCUGGGGCCCUCGGAGUACGUGACGGAGGUCGGCUGGACCGUGGGCCCGUUCAAGCUCAAGGAGAUCGAGGCGUGCGUCACCUCGCUCAAGUUCGUGACCAACCUGGGGACCACCCACGGCCCCUUCGGCAACGGCGACGGCGCGCACCACAGCCUGCCCGUGCUGGACGCCGGCAGUGUCGUCGGCAUGUUCUGCCGCGCCGAAGACUACCUCCACGCCAUCGGCUUCUAUGUCCGACCCUUGGCCGUCACCGAAUCCACAGACUCGCCGGCCAAGCCUGAGGGGGAGAGUUUGCCCUAACCGCCAAGGGGCAGGAGAGGAAAAAUAAAAUAAAAGGCCGUUUGAACAUUUGCGAUGUUGAGUCUAUGAAUUGCGUUACAUGCAUCAUGUAUCAAUCUCUGCGCUAGCUCCUCAUGUCAUUACACUAUUAUUUGCUUAACCCUGUCGAUUUUGUCACAUAUCAAGUUUGAGGAAAAAAAAGUAUGUAUGUUUGAUA